AUGCUGUGGGUGGACAAGUACAGACCCAAAACCCUAGACCAGGCGAUGGUCCACCAAGACAUCGCUCAAAACCUCAAGAAACUCGUUGCAGAGCAGGAUUGCCCCCAUUUGCUAUUUUACGGCCCUUCUGGCUCUGGCAAGAAAACCCUAAUCAUCGCCCUUCUCCGACAGAUUUUCGGUCCUAGCGCCGAUAAGGUGAAGGUGGAAAAUAGGACAUGGAAAGUUGAUGCUGGAAGUAGAACCAUUGAUAUAGAGCUGACUACAUUAUCAAGCACAAACCAUAUUGAACUGAACCCCAGUGAUGCAGGCUUUCAGGACAGAUAUAUUGUUCAAGAGAUAAUUAAAGAAAUGGCUAAAAUAGACCCAUUGACACAAAAGGGAAAAAGGGAUAUAAAAGCAGCUGGUUUUCUUCAGUUGAAUGAAUUGCUUGUUUAUCUUGUGGAUAUUUAUGUUGUUUAUCAUCCUUUUCACAUCUUAGUGCUGAAUGAAGUCGACAAACUUUCUAGAGAAGCUCAGCAUUCUCUUCGAAGAACUAUGGAGAAGUAUAGUGCUUAUUGCCGGCUAAUACUAUGCUGUAACAGUUCUUCAAAGGUUACUGAAGCAAUCCGGUCCCGGUGUCUAAAUGUGCGAAUAAAUGCACCAACAGAAGAGCAGAUUGUUAAGGUAUUGGAGUUCAUUGGAAAGAAGGAAGGGCUGCAACUUCCUUCUGGAUUUCCUGCUCGUAUAGCUGAAAAAUCAAAUAGGAGCUUAAGGAGGGCUAUAUUGUCAUUCGAAACUUGUCGUGUUCAACAGUAUCCCUUUACAAGUAAUCAAGCAAUAUCCCCAAUGGACUGGGAGGAAUAUGUUUCUGAAAUUGCAUCUGAUAUAAUGACGGAGCAGAGCCCAAAAAGGCUUUACCAGGUGCGGCAAAAGUUGUAUGAGCUACUUCUUAAUUGUAUUCCUCCUGAGAUCAUCUUGAAGAGGCUGCUUUUUGAAUUAUUGAAGAAAUUGGAUGCCGAGUUGAAGCAUGAGGUCUGCCAUUGGGCUGCAUACUAUGAACACAGGAUGCGUCUUGGGCAGAAAGCCAUAUUUCACCUCGAAGGUACUUUUAUCUAUCCAGAUGCUGUGUGA